AUGCUCUCCGGACCCCUCCAGGAGUACUUUGCUCAAAGAAGCUUUGCGCCAAAGAAUCGUGCCGCGUGCACGAGCGCGCUCUCGGUACCCCUGACCAUCCUCGACGCCCUGCGACGAUUCGAGCUGCCACUGGGGGAGGUGGUCCGCAUCGACUUGGUCGGGAGCAGGAAGCUGGAGCUCUCGGAGAUCCAAUUGCUUUAUCAGGAGCUGUGCCGUGCCUUCGAGCUGCAGCACUUGGAGCUGCGCUUGGUGGGGCCCGAGCUGCCAGAGAUACCCCAAGGUGAUGCUGGAGCCUUUCGCAUAGACAACCUGCGGAUCACUUUCUACAGGAUGUUUUACCAAGACUUUCUGUCCGCCUUGGGUCCACCUCAUAUGGCAGUGGCAUUUCACGCAGGCAUUCACGAGUACGAUUCGUGGUCUCCGGCCCUCUAUUCCUUGAUCCAACUGCGAGUUCCCACGGUGAUCACGGGCUACAGCUUGGCGGACAUUUCGAAGGGGCUGCAAGCGAUGCGCUCCAAGGGAAUCAAUCCAUCUUUGCUCUAUCAAGGUGUCAAUUCCUUUGCCUCUUGCGAACGUCUUCGUGUAGAUGAGGUGCUGUGCCAGUUGAGUUUGGUCCCAGAACAGCUGGAUACUCCAAAGCUGAAGCGGUUGCAGGCACAGGUAGAUGCUGCAGGUGCGACCCUGGGACCGGACCGCCUGGGUGGCAGCCUUGGACAGCUUGGGCCUGGGAGGAUCGGCAUCAUCGCCAGGAGGCCUGACGGAACUGAUGGCAUCGUACGUGGCAGAUGGGAAGGUGGACGAAGCCGAAGUGGUGAGCAUCAACAGCUGGCUCUUCCUCUUCCGUGGCUAGGAGCUCCAGGAACUGGGAAGGUGCGGAUCCGAUGGUGGCACAGUUUUCUUGGCUGAGAGGAUGGCAAUUUCUGUCAGGAUAGGAUGAUAGGACCCAGAUGGCUCCAAAAUUUGCAAAGAGUUUGUUCGCAAGAUGCCCAUAUGUCAUCAUAUGUCACUUUUUUUUGUGUCAACUUCCGAACGUUUUAUUGUCGUGGACACAUGCGGACACUUUUGGUGAAGUGGACUUGUCAGUGUGGCGCGCGGGAAAGGCUUGAAUGGUAACGCAAGUUGUCCGGUAAGGACUAACAGUUUGCCACUGAAAAUGGUCCAUUGAUAUUGAUUUUGCCUAUGAAAAUGGUGAUUUUCCAUUUUUUUUUGGUGAGUUGAUACCGGAGAGCAGCGAGCCCAGUGCUGAGUCCCCUGCGAUCGAACUUCGCACAGGGCCAUGCGCUGCGGUCGAAAA